AUGAAGAAGGGCAAAAAGAAGAAGGCAGAGUCCAGACGCCGUGGCUCCACCUCACAGCACAGUAGCUCGGACGGCACCCCGCAGCAGCAGCAGAGCUCCAACUCCACGCUGCAGCAGCAGUCCAGCUCGGGGUCCGCCGCGCAGCCGCCCAGCCCGGGCGCCACCCCGCAGCCGCCCGUGCCCCAGGCCCUCCCAGUUCCCGAAAUCAGCCGGUCUGCUCGGGACCUGCUGUCUCAGAACACUGGCCCAAAGGCGUCCCCUGGAUCCAGGAAAACAGGGCCUCCGACGCAGGCAGUCCCGCGCCCCUUCUGUUCCUGCACCACUUGCCCUGGCAGCUCUGCCUGCUGGCGUCGCCUGGGCCUGUGCCACAGCCGCAUCUUCGAUGUCCUUCUGCCUCGGGCCUGGCUGACCACGCCAGGGAGAGGAAUCCCAAACCUCCUCACCUUCUACAGAAAACCUACAAGAAAACACUCCAGCCCUCGUGAUUCGCGUGCUCCGAACUCUCGGGACUGCAGCCGUGGCUCUGGGGGCCCUGGGAGCUGCCUACCACAUCAUUGAGUCCUUGUGAACGACCCCCCAGGCACAGUCCAGCAGAUCCAGUUUCCAGCAGGAACCUCUCUUGUCACCAAAAUAGAACAACAACAACAAAAGAAUU